AUGGCCUCCUACAGUAAAGGAUGUGCAGAAAUUUGUUCCAGGUGUCAGACACCUUUUUCGCCUCUAAACGGUGGACAUUUCGUGGCGCAACAUGGUUCAGAAGAAGAGUCGGACAUGGUGGAGACACCUGGACUAUCCUUAUGCCUGGAUUGCAUACGCGGGGCCACCCUACGAGGUAGACCACACCCGUCUACAUUUACUCAUCCAGAAGAGGAGGAAAACGAGAUAUUUUGUACAUUUUGUCUCGAUGGUCCAAAUCUAGCUGCUAAAACCUGCGUUCAGUGCGAAUCUUCUCUGUGUGAUAACCAUCUGAGAGCCCACUGCCAGUCCGAGGACCACAUACUAAUCCCCCCAACAUCUUCCAUCAGCAAAAGAAAAUGCCCCGACCACAAGAGGCUCCUGCAAUAUUACUGUUGCGAAGACGCAAUCUGCGUCUGCAUGGACUGUUGCCAAACCGGAGAACACAAGGGGCACCGGACUGAGACACUAAACGGGGCUUUCGAAAACGAGAAGCGGAACCUGAGGAUUCUUCUGGAGCAACUGACCUUAACGAGAGAGGAGGCUGAGAAGAGAGGCCAGAGUCUGGAGGAACGCUGGGAAAGGGAGAAAGAAAAAGUGGCCGGUGAGAAAGUGAGAGUCACUUCCCUGUUCAGAGACAUCAUGAGACAUCUGGAGGAUCUAGAGAGAAGACUUCUGGAUGAAAUCUCCAGGCAAGAAGAGCAGAUCUCCCAGUUGGUCUCCAAACUUUUCCAAAAGCUGGAGAUCCAGAAGGACGAGCUUUCCGUGAAAAUGCGUCAGAUUGAAGAGCUGUGCGACGCAGCCGAUCCACUGACCGCCUUGCUUGACGCCAAGUCCCAGGCCGACGACGUUUCCGAGUAUGUAGAUCAUGUCAAGAUGGCCUGGCCAUCGGAUGAAAAUAUCCUCCCCCCAAUGAGGGAGUCCGUUCACGGUUUGGCUUCAGUCACCGUGCACAAAAGCUUGACGGACAUCAUAACCCAAUCCACCAAACUAAAGGGUUUCUUCCUGGAAGAAGUCUCCGAUAUCAAACUGGAUGAGAAAACAUCGGCUCGGGAUUUGGAGAUUUCGGGGGACCAGAAGACCGCGUCCUGGAGCUCCGCCAAGCCGCUGAAACCUCGAAUGAGCAUGCGCAAAAAGAACAAGCAGAUCUUUGAGUGCAGCCAAGUGUUGAGCACCAGAAGCUUUUCCUCCGGGAGAUACUUUUGGGUGGUGGAGAUCGGCGAGGAAGGGGGCGUCCGGCUCGGGGUGACCUACGCCAACCCGAUCAGGAAAGGGACCAAGUUUCACAUCGGGGAGAAUGAGAAGUCUUGGUGUUUGCGUGUGUGGUAUAAAAAGUACUCAGCGAUUUACAACCGGCGGCCCGUCUCGCUGGACUCGCAGGUGGAGUGCAAUAAGGUGGGGGUCUUCCUGGACUGCAGGGCCGGGCAGCUGUCCUUCUACGAGUUGGGCAGUACAAUCCGCCACCUCCACACCUUCACCACCACCUUCACCGAGCCCCUCUAUGCCGCAUUCUGGGUCCAUCAUAGUUGGGUGAAAGUCAUCAGCUGA